GUUUCUUGUUUACAAUCUGUCACGGUUGUAAACUGCUUCAAAAUUUUAUUAAAUUUACAUAAAUUUUAACUAAAAUGCAUUAACAAAACAGUUUUAACAGUUGCCGAAUUUUAUUUAUAUAUUUUUGUAUAAAUUUGAGUUUAUAUUGAAGAUAAUAAGAUGAGUCGUUUGCUUGAGUCUUGUAAAAAGUAUUUUGGGACUACGAAUUUGUAUAAAAUUUUGGAUAUUUCGAAAGAUGCUACACCUAAUGAAGUUAAGAAAGCCUACUACAAGUUAUCCCUAAAAGUUCACCCCGACAGAGUAAGCGAAGAGGAAAAAGAAGAGGCAACUGAGAAGUUUAAAGUUUUAGGCCGAAUACAUUCUUUGUUGUCCAACCGAAGAGAUAAAUUUGAAUACGAUACUGAUGGAACUAUAAGUGAAGAUGAUACCGAGAAUUGGUGUCAGUAUUGGAACAUUAUAUUUAGGGAGAUAUCGAUACAGGACAUUGUCAAUUAUGAAAAGAAUUAUAAAGGAUCUGAUUUGGAGCUUUAUGAUCUCAAAAGAGCCUACACUGAUGGAAAAGGUGAUAUUAACUAUAUAUACUCAUCAGUGCCUUUUAUAGGAUAUGAAGACGAGCCUAGAUUCAUGGAAAUUUUAACGAAGUUAAUAAAAUGUGGAGAGCUUCCUGAUUACAAGAUAUUUACUGAAGAACCUGAGAAGAAACGAAAGAAAAGACACCAGCGUCUGAUUGCAAAACGAAAGUCUUUUGAAGCCGAUAAUGUUUCAAGAGCUUUGGAGAUACAAAGGAAUGAUGGAUUUACAGGUGACGACGAACACGACGAAGCCUUGAUUAUCCAACAAGGCAAAAGGAGCCUCUCGGGGGGCUUCAGUUCCAUCUUCGAGACUCUCGAUGCCAAAUGCAGGAACAAAAGAAAAAAAUUAAACAUUCCCCAACACAAAUACGGUACGAGAAUGGCCAAACAAUUGAAAACAGGCCGAUACUCUUAUUAA